UCUUGACCGAACAAUGAGCAGCACAAUGUCCUAGUCCAACAGUAAACGAAUCCAGAAAUCAAUCAAUGGCCCAUCUGCACCAACCAAUUCCAAUCAACAGCCCGUAAUGACGACCGAAGAACAGGAACCAUCCUAUAUCGACUACGAGGCCUUCCUCUCCCCCGACUUCAACCCUGCCGCCUUUGCCAACUCUCUCGUCCUCUCCACCAACAACCCCAACGACACCCCUCUCGAUCUCUCGACCCCGCUAUCCCGAGUCCUCUUCGACAUUCAGGAAGUCGACUCCCACAUCGAUACCCUCACCACCAAAAAUGCCAUCCCGCUUCUCGAGUUCACCCGGGAGCAGAACGAAGCGAGCAAGCGGAUCACCUCGGAGCUCGACACCCAGAUCCAGUCGCUCAACGACAGCUACAAGCAGCUCGAAAAGGAGGUCAUAGAUAAGCAUGCCGAGGCAGACGAGGUCCGGAAUGUCGCGAUGCGUCUGUGGGAGACGUUACGGCUCGGCCGCUCCGUCAGUCGCUGUCUACAGCUGGGCCGCCAGCUCCAAGUCCAGCACGCGGAGGUAGCCGGCUCGAACCCCAGCACAGCGGCAGGGUCGGCGGCAGGGUCAGCGGCAGGGUCAGCGACAGGGCCAGCGACAGGGUCAGCGACAACAACGGGCGCGGCGGGGAAGAAGGAGGACCUCAGGGCGUUGAUCCGCUGCGCACACACCAUCCUCUCCCUGCGGGAAGUGCUCGACGCCACCGGCCCGGGCGAGGAAGGCCACGGGCUGGACCGAAUCGACGCGAUCCGAAGCCUCAAGGAAGGGGUCAUGGCCCCGCUGGCGCGUUCCGUGCGCGACACGGCCGAACGCAUCCUCCGCGACUUCUCCGUCCCGGAAACCGCCACCUUCAUGCAAGCCGAGGAGACGCGGGCGCGCACCGUCGCCGCCAUGACGGUCCUCUUCCUGCUCUCCCCGACCCCGACCCCGGCGGCGGCAGCGAACGCGAACGCGAAGCCCGAAAAAUGGACGCCCGCGCUCCUCCUGCAGGCGCUCGAGACCUACCUCCGCACGGCGCUCCAGUCGUCCAUCGCGUCGCUGUCCCGCGCGCUGGGCCAGCUCCCCACCCUGGACCGCGCGCUCGGCGAGAUCGCGGCCCGGUGCCGGAACAUCGUGGCUCUCGAAAUCGUCCUGGCGGGGGCGAAACCGCCGGUGCACCCGCUCGUGACGUCCGAGGACGGGAUGCCGAGGCCGCAGGGGCCCAGCAUGCUGCAGCCGCUGCUGGCGCAUUUCGAGACGGGGCGGCUCGCGUCGUAUUUUUGGCGGACUAUGGCGAGUAGUCUUGGCCCGCGGGUGCAGGAGAUCAUGGCGCGCGGGGGCGUGUCGGCGAGGACGCUCAGGUCGAAUCGCCAGCAUGUGGGGGAUAUGAUACGCGAGUGCGUCUACAAGGGGUGUCGCGCUCCUGGUGCCAUGAAGGGGAAUGGGGAGAGCGGCAAGGAGGGUGGGUGGGAUAGGGAGGUUGCUGUCAUGGUUGGGAGUGUGAUGAACAAUAUCGGCAGGUGAUGGAAGUUACUUUCACUCGUAGACAUACAUGCACAUCAGGUUCAUGAGCCGGGUUCUCUAAUAAGGGGAGCUGUCUCGGGGUUGCUGUUCAAGCUUUGAAAAGGAGGCCGGAUGCCUUUAGGAUACCUACCCUAUACCUACCCUAUACCUACCCUAUACCUACCUUAUACCUACGGUACUGCUACAGCGUACAGGGGAGAAAUCGGAGGACAUGAACUGCACAACCCCUCAUAACCCAACUGUCC